AUGAGGGGCCUCCACGGGGUGCAGAGGACGGACGGGAGAGGGGCCACCAGAGGGACACUUCAGGCCCGCAGCCUGAUAUUUGGGAGCCCCGGCCUGCCGGGGGAAGGGGUGCAGCCCCUCAGUAAGGGGCUGACGGUGCCCCCCGCCCACCCCUGCCCGCCAGGCCUGCUGUGGCAGCUGCGGCCCAGUGACGUGGAGGUGGAGCUCCUGGCGCACACGAGGCGAGUGGUGAGCCGCGACCUGGAGGACGAGACGGGGCUGCACACAGGCUGGAUCCAGAACGGGGGCCUGUUCAUCGCGUCCAGCCGGCAGCGUCUGGAUGAAUACAAGAGGCUCAUGUCGUUAGGCAAGGUCUAUGGCAUCGAGUCCCACGUGCUGAGCCCGGGAGAAACCAAGGCUUUGUAUCCGCUGAUGAACGUGGAGGACCUCUACGGGACCCUGUACGUGCCGCACGACGGUACCAUGGACCCCGCCGGCACCUGCACCAGCCUCGCCCGGGCCGCCACCGCCCGGGGAGCGCAGGUCAUCGAGAACUGCCCGGUGACCGGGAUCCGUGUGCGGACAGAUGAUUUCGGGGUGCGGCGGGUCGCAGCUGUGGAGACAGAGUUCGGCUGCAUCCAGACCCCCUGUGUGGUCAAUUGUGCAGGAGUGUGGGCGGGCGCCGUGGGCCGGAUGGCCGGCGUCAAGGUCCCGCUGGUGGCCAUGCACCACGCCUACGUCGUCACCGAGCGCAUCGAGGGCAUCCAGAACAUGCCCAACGUCCGCGACCACGACGCCUCUGUCUACCUCCGCCUGCAGGGGGACGCCUUGUCUGUGGGUGGCUACGAGACCAACCCCAUCUUCUGGGAGGAGCCCUUAAGAACCUGGCAUGCAGGCAGAUACAGACGUGGGGCAGGCGGAGGGCUGGCCUCAAAGCAGCAGAAGUCAGAGGGUGCAGAAUAUACAGUGGGGACUCCAGCAGAUGAUGAAGGCGUGCCGGGGCUGCUCUCCGGGCAGCUUCUGGGGUUCAUCCAGACCCAGCACCCUUCUCCGCACCCUCAGCCACCUCAGCCACGUGACAGACGUAAGCUCGUGGGGGGCAGUCGUCUGCCCCGGGCCCCCAGCCAUGCCUCCUCCCGCCCACCUCGCGUGAGCCCCGCUGGGGGCCCGCUGGGGCCCAGUCCCCGCUUGAACUCGGCGCUUCAGCUGUCCCCAGGAUUGCUGGGCUGCAGGACGCGUGACCCAGACAGCUCAGCUUCUGAGUGCCCGUCCUGGGGCCUGCCGCAGAUGUUCAAAGUGUUGUGUCGGGGUCACUCAGAGCUCGGCGGGGAGAGGGGCCCGCUCCGUGACCGGGCCUGGGGCAGGGUCGUCCUGGGCUACGUGUGGCACGGGUCAGGGCUUGCGGGGGCCCCGAGACAUCACUGGCGCCUCAUCUGGGCCAGAGGCAGGCUCUUGCCGCUGGCAGGGCAGACCCAGGGCGGCGGGGAAGGCGCUCUGACAGGAGUCACUGCCCUCUUGGGAGACCCCACCCAGGAGCAUGUGGCCGGGAGGGACCCUCAGGCUCCCCGCUCCCUUUCAGAGUCAUUCACCCCGGACCACAAGCCCCUGAUGGGGGAGGCGCCCGAGCUCCGCGGGUUCUUCCUGGGCUGCGGCUUCAACAGUGCAGGGAUGAUGCUGGGCGGUGGCUGUGGGCAGCAGCUGGCCUCCUGGAUCGUCCACGGGCGCCCCGAGAAGGACAUGCACAGCUAUGACAUCAGGCGCUUCCACCGCUCGCUCACGGACCACAGCCGGUGGAUCCGCGAGCGCAGCCACGAGGCCUAUGCCAAGAACUACUCCGUCGUCUUCCCCCACGACGAGCCUCUGGCCGGACGCAACAUGCGGACAGACCCCCUGCAUGAGGUACCCCAGCCCCACACGCCUCCUCUGGGCUGGCUGCGGCACUCUCGGGGGGUCCUGGGUGUGGGGCGACAGCGUGCACGCGGCACCCCGGCUGCAGGGCACAUGAGGUAUCGAGGCGGCUGGUUCGCUCCCGGCAUCUGA